AUGAUUGAAUCCUCGUAUGACGGUGUGUGCUUCUUCACGCUCUCGGGUCGCAUUGAAUACCGUAAUGGCUGCUUUUGUGCUUCUUCGUCAUCUGAUUCUCUAGACGUAGAUCCUCUACAAUUCUUGGCCCUUUUUGACCAACUCACACGUCAGGCCAUUCAAAAGAAGAGACAUAUUGAGAGCAUGACACCUGCUCUAAGGUUUGGUUCCAACGUCUUCCACGUUGUGUCAGCUACCUUUUCGAGUAUCUGUGCUGUCUCGAAUGGUAGAACUCAUGGUCUUGUGGUGGAAAAGCUUUCAUUUGGAGUGUUAGUGGUGGCCUUUUCAGCCCCGUUGCGACUGGAGACGGUCUUUAGUCGUCUAGAGGACGCAUGUGCUGCUCAUCGGUACUAA